AUGACGGAAACUCAAUCUUCUAGUGGCCAGAAUGGUGAUGAAAAUUCUGCAGAUCGCCUAGAUCUUGACGGAGAGAUUGAUCGACUUAGCCUAAUGCUCAGCGCAACUGAACUUAAUUCCAUGGACUGGGUAGAGACAGUUGCCUGCGCACCUAAGGCCAUUGGCAUCAUUGGCGAGUGCCUUGUAUUGAGCUCCCAUCAACGGGCAGCUUCUAUUGAGCUAACGGACAGUCGACUGAAGGCCCCUUCGCUCCCAGCCAACCUACGACAGUGUGCUAUCACUGGGAAAGGCGCCUUCGACGAAGCUGCUUCAAGGAUGAGAAACAUAUCGUCACAAGCUCUGAUACUAGCUAAGGACGGCUCAGGUGUAAUUGACCGCAUAACCAAAUUCGCUUGUAAAGACCAGACGCCUGUUGUUGCACGAGAAUUGGAAAAGCAGAAGGCCAAUCUGAAAAAGAUUGUCGUUCAGUGUACCCAAGAUGCGGAAGCGCUUCAGGGGUCAUUCCAGCGAUGGAACGAGGAGACGUUGAUCCUGCUUCAAGCGCUGAAUAUCAAGGAAGACCAAGUCCACAAGAAGGUAGAAGUAGCGGCAACAAGCCUCAUCAACACGGAAAUGGACCUUGAACGGCUAAAAAAGGAGUUGGGAUAUGAUGGGUUGAACUUGGCAGAAAUCCAAGACCGCCUGCUCGAGCGUUCUGAAGCAAGUCAAGCUACUUCUGCAGUGGGCACCCCGGUUGUUAUGGCGGGAUUGUUACUCCAAGCCUUGGGGGCCUCAAUUGGCGGUCCUGUAAUACUCGGAGCCUCUUUGGCGAUCUGGGGAAGGGCUAUUUUCGCUGCACGCACACAAAUGGAUCUUGAUGCGCAAUUUCAGGCAUUCCAGACAAAGUCACUCAAAGCGCAAACAUUGGAUCAGCAGAUUCAGAAACUUGGCUCAGCCUCUUGCACCUUGAAAGAAAUGAAGGAAAUAGUGAGCAAAGCUGUCCGUCAGAUUCUUGAUUUGCAAUUUCAAGUUGGGACACUACUGGACUUCUUCAAAGCUAUUUUCAAGCGAGUCGAAUCUAUGGAUCAAUUCGAAGCAAUGGAACUUGAACGACUUGUCACAGACCAAGGCUAUAAAGAGGACGAGGAUAUAAAAACGAUCAUGGUUCAAACCGCUCUAGACCUGAAGAUAUCUUUCACUUUCGUCGGUCGCUUAGCAGAGAUGUACUCAAAGGUCUCUGUCAAGUAUUUACUACCGGGCAUGCAAACAGUUCAGAUGCUAGGGCUUUCUGACGACUCAUCAACUCCUGCUCAGCUAGAAUGGAAGGCAAGAGAGCUAGCUACAUUCAAGACGAAUUCGAUGGAGAAUGUUCGCAGACUGACGAUGGAACAACAAGAGCAACUUGACUUGGACUUGGCACGGCUCAUCAAACAGGGCAUCUUGUCGAUUCGUUCAAUUAGUUGA